GUAGUGGCAAAUGCAACUAAACUUCUUCACAUGACGAACUCAAACGGAGACGGCGACAAUCUUCGAAACCCUAAUCAGAGAUCAAAGGGUUGCGAAACCUUCCAGGUUUCUAUGUAAAGUUUUAACCUUUUUGGCUUUCUCUCUCUCUCUCUCUGUUUGAAUCUGUAAACGGAGAAAACUAGAGACUGAACAAAGAGUGUUUUUUUUCUCUUCUUCUCCGAAUCUGCAAUGAUGGGCUCUCUAUACAUUGCAUGUGUUGAAAAUCUCCGAUCUUUGAUAGUAGAAGCUGUUUCGUAGUUAGGUUAAUCUGUGAAGAAACAGAGAAGAAGUAGAAAGGUUCACCAUUUGAAUACAAGGAAGCUUUGAUUUGAUUCUGCAGCUAUGGAAGGGAACUACACUGAUAAGACAAGAGUGUUGGACAUCAAACCAUUGCGUACUCUAAGACCUGUCUUCCCUAACGGAAACCAAACUCCCCCUUUUGUCUGCGCACCUCCUUUUGGUCCCUUUCCAUCUGGAUUCUCACCUCUCUAUCCCUUUACCUCGUCUCAAGUGAACGAACAAACACCAGAUCUCUCUCAAGCUCAAAACCCACCUCAACAUCAGCCUCAGGUUCCACCUCAAACUCCACAUCAGCCUCUUGUUCCACUUCAACAGCAGCCUUCGUUGGUUACUUCUUUGAGGCCAUUUAGAUCUCCUGAUACAACGUCUAAUGGAGACAUAGAACCUGAGGGGUCUACUUUGAAAAGAAAGAUCCCUAAACGGCGUCAGCUUGCUAACUUCGAGAGUGGGAUCAGCGUGGCCGAGAGAGACAAUGGGAAUAGGGAGCUGGUGAUGAGUGUUCUCAUGCGGUUUGAUGCGUUGAGAAGAAGGUUUGCACAGCUGGAGGAUGCGGAGGACGCAGUUAACGGGAUCAUCAAACGCCCUGAUCUGAAAGCAGGGUCGACUUGUAUGAGCAGAGGGGUCCGGACAAACACCAAGAAGAGACCAGGUCUCGUUCCAGGUGUUGAGAUUGGGGACAUAUUCUUCUUCAGGUUUGAGAUGUGUUUGGUCGGGUUACAUUCUCCGUCAAUGGCUGGCAUUGACUAUCUGGUUGUCAAGGGAGAUAACGAAGAGGAGCCUAUCGCCACCAGCAUUGUCUCUUCGGGAUAUAGUGAUGUUAAUCCGGAUGUUCUGAUAUAUACCGGUCAGGGUGGUCAUGCUGAUAAAGACAAGGAAGCAUCUGACCAAAAGCUUGAAAGGGGUAACCUCGCGUUGGAGAAGAGCUUGCAUAGGAACGGUGCGGUUAGGGUGAUAAGGGGAUUGAAAGAGUCUACUCAUAGGGUUAAGAUCUAUGUUUACGAUGGGGUCUAUGAGAUCAAAGAGGCGUGGAUAGAGAAAGGGAAGUCAGGACACGACACCUUCAAGUAUAAACUAGUGAGAGCUCCUGGUCAGCCUCCUGCCUUUGCUACAUGGACUGAGAUCCAAAAGUGGAAGACGGGUAAGUCUUCGAGGAAAGGACUCAUCCUCCCUGAUCUCACUUCCGGUGUUGAAGGCAUAGCUGUUUCGCUUGUGAACGAGGUUGAUAACGAGAAUGGUCCUCCUUAUUUCACCUACUCCACAACGGUGAAAUACUCCAUGUCUUUUCAGCUGACGACGACGGGGCAGUCUUCUAGUGGAUGCGCUUGUGGCAACAAAUGCAAACCGGGGAACUUGGAGUGUCACUGCAUAAGGAGAAACGGAGGUGAUUUCCCUUACACAGGGAAUGAUAUUCUAGUUAGACGCAAGCCUAUGGUGUAUGAGUGCAGCCCGUCUUGUCCGUGCUUGACCUGCAAAAGCAAGGUGACUCAAAUGGGAGUGAAAGUGAGGCUGGAAGUUUUCAAGACGGUGAACAGAGGAUGGGGCUUGCGCUCGUGGGAUCCUAUUCGUGCUGGUGCGUUUAUAUGUGUGUAUGCAGGUGAGGCCAGAGACAAGUCGAAGGUGCAGCAGACGAUGGGUAAUGAUGAUUAUACUUUUGAUACAACCCGUGUCUAUACCCCUUUCAAAUGGAACUAUGAGCCUGGCUUAGCAGACGAAGGUGCUUCUGAGGAGAUGAGUGAAGAACCUGAACUCCCACUGCCUCUUAUAAUCAGUGCUAAGAAUAUUGGGAAUGUUGCUCGGUUCAUGAACCAUAGUUGCUCCCCUAAUGUUUUCUGGCAGCCGGUUAGUUAUGAGAACAACGGUCAGCUCUUCUUGCAUGUCUCCUUCUUUGCAAUCUCACACAUCCCUCCCAUGACUGAGUUAACUUAUGACUAUGGUGUUUCACGACCAAGCGGAGCUCAAAAUGGCAAUCCUAUAUAUGGUAAAAAGAGGUGCUUCUGCGGAACAGAGUAUUGCCGUGGUUCAUUUGGUUGAUGAUAAAAACGUGAAAAAGGGUAUAGUGUUCUUUUAAGCCUUCUCUUCAACGGCAUAAGACGCAAGCUGUGAUGGAUUCUUCCUGCUUCUAUCCCAUCAAAGCCUUAUCUAUUUCUCUGAUCUAGGAAAUGUAUCCUCAUUGGUUUCUCUCCUGUUGGAUAUGUUUUUUUCAGAUUGUUUUUAGGACUAAAUCUAUGGGAAGUUGGGAACUACUAGCCUGCCUGUGUUUGAUUAAAAGAUUUGAUGACUAUGAUAAUCAGUUAAACCACUA